UUUUACUUCUGCAGACAAGUAGUCAUAGACCAACAUGGCUGACAAGGAGAGCCUUAUCUCCGUUGAAUCUGUCGAAGCGGCUCGAUAUGUGGCCAAAAAUAAGACUGAUUCCAAGCUGCCAUGGUACUUUGCCACUGGCUUUAUACUCUUCUGGGUACUUCUCUUCUUUGCUGUUGUGAUCCCGUUUUUCUAUCGCUUGCCCACGGCGCUCACGCUGGAGGACGCGCAGGAGAAUGAGUUCAUUGCUGAGCGGGCCUACAAGGAUCUGUAUACGCUCUCCAAUAUUGGCAACAAGUUGACUGGCAGCAAGCAAAAUGAGAUUGAUGCAGUGAAUUUUAUUCUAAGCACCCUGGCAGAAAUCAAGGACAAUCUGCAAAGCGAUUACUUCGAUAUGGAAAUCGACCUAUCACAGGUUUCUGGAGCUUUCGGCACUGGGACUACGCGACAAGUCUACCAAGGUGUUCAGAACAUUGUUGUUAAGCUAACGCCAAAGCAGAGCUCGAGCCAGUCAUAUCUGCUCGUCAACAGCCACUUCGACUCCAAGCCAGCGACUUGGUCUGCGGGCGAUGCGGGCUUUAUGAUAACUGUUAUGUUGGAGGUUCUGCGCGUCAUAGCCACAACAAAGCAACACUUGGAGCAUCCCAUUGUCUUUCUAUUUAAUGGUGCUGAAGAAAUCGGACAGCUAGCCUCACAUGGCUUCGUAACUCAACACAAAUGGGCCCCAAACUGCAAAGCUGUAGUCAAUCUUGAUGCUGCGGGAAGCGGAGGUCGGGAAAUUCUCUUUCAAACUGGACCAAACCAUCCGUGGCUUGUUGAGUACUACAAAAAAUAUGUGAAACAUCCCUUUGGUACUACGGUUGCAGAGGAAAUUUUCCAAGCUGGCAUUAUUCCGUCCGACACAGACUUUCGACAGUUUCGCACGUAUGGCAAUAUUCCAGGCUUGGAUAUGGGUCAAUGUUUCAAUGGAUUUGUUUACCACACCAAAUACGACCUUAUCGAUGUGAUUCCUCGGGAAUCGUUUCAGAACACGGGCGAUAAUGUGCUCAGUCUGGUUAGAGCAUUGGCCAAUGCACCCGAAUUAUAUGACACUAAGGCACAUGAGGCUGGUCACACUGUCUACUUCGAUUUCCUGGGACUAUACUUAUUUAAUUAUCCAGAAGCUACGGGCACAAUAUUGAACUAUGGCGUUGCAGCAGCUACAUUGAUAUUGAUUUUCAUUUCAAUGUGGCGCAUGACAGCCGUUAGCAACGUCUCAAUUUCUCAGAUCGCCUGCUGGCUUACAUUGGUCCUCGUCGUUCAGGUUAUAUGCUUUGUACUCGGUCUUGCACUUCCUUUGAUAGUUGCGCAUCUAUUCGAUAAUUGGGGAUACUCGCUGGCAUAUUACAGCACUCCAUUGCUGGUGAUUGGUCUGUACGUCUGUCCCUCGCUGAUUGGCCUCAGUUUACCGCUGACAAUAUAUUUUGCGGUACAGCGCAAUGAUAAAAUAUCAAAUGGCUACCAUGUACAAUUGGCACUGCACGCUCAAGCGAUUCUACUAACUCUAUUAACUAUAGGUCUUACCGUCAUUGGCAUACGCUCAACGUACGUGGUCGUGAUUCCGCUGAUCUUUUACGUGCUACCGUUGGCAUUGAAUUUAUUGACUACUCUGCACGAUCGCAGCUAUGCCUGGACGGGUAUCCUCAAAGUGAGCCAAAUAAUACCCUUCCUAUACAGCAGCUACGUGAUCUACACUUUCGUGGUGGUGCUCACACCAAUGGGUGCACGUGCAGGCAGUGCCUCGAAUCGGGACUUGUACAUUUCUGUGCUCGCAGCCGUAGGAACUAUUCUUUCGUUUAGUUUCUUGGUUCCACUUAUCAACACCUUUCGAAGACCCAGUCUCGUCAUUCUCGCUCUGAUCGGAAUUACGGCUCUCUCCAUGUUCUUGGCGAGCAGCACACAACUCGGAUUCCCCUACCGACCCAAGACUAAUGGACAACGAGUUGCCUAUCUGCAUGCGCGAAACAUCUUUUACGAGUACGACGGCACUCGCAGCAAGGACGAGUCGGGCUAUCUGUUUAGUUUUCAGGACAGACGCAAGGAAACACCAUUCAACACAAAAGUGAAUCUAACUGGAUUGGUCGACCUGAAGGAGAGUUGCGAGCAGCACAUGCUCUGUGGCAUGCCAUUAUAUGAGUUUCGUUACGUGGAAAAUCGAUUCCAGAGCAAAUGGCUGCCUCGACAGGAGCCAGUUGAGCCACCAGAGCAAACCACCUUGACUUUGCAAAACAAAACAGUUGUGGAUGCAACAACUAUCCGCUUUGAAUUCAGCUUGAAGGGGCCCACUUUCAUGAAUUUGUUUAUCCAGCCCGACGAGGAUGUGACCCUAUCUGAUUGGUCGUUUGGGAACAGUAGUGAUAUAGAACCAACUAAGGAUUUGCCAUAUAUUGUCUUUAUUGUGAUGGGCGCCGAUAGAUCCGCUUUGUUGUUUUACUUGGAAUUCUCGAAACAAAACGGCAAUUUCGAUGUACCCCUGUUUCAGUUGGGGGUAGCUGCGCACUCCAUUCUGAAUGAAGGCGAUGCUGAAAGCAAGAAGUUUGCUGCCUCAUUUCCCUCAUACUCCAUUUUGUCGCAAUGGCCAGCAUUGUAUCUGAGAUACAUUUUUUAAAAAGAAUAAAUUUGUUUUAUGAAAACAUAA